AUGGGAGCUACGCAUCAGGUCAAUAAGCCUCACAAGUCACGUUUCUCUUCAAAGUCUUCUCGCAACAUUCACAAAACCUCAGUUAAAGAUAGACUUGCGAUUGUAAAAUCCUCGCGCAAUGUUGGCAAAGGGGCCCGCGCAACUCGACUUCAGAAAAAUAAAAUGAUUCGGGAACAAAAAAAGGCUGCGGUUUUGAAAGAGAAAAGAGAGUUGAGUGGAUCAAAAUGUCCUCCUCGAGUAAUUGUUCUUUUUGCCCUUUGUGAUACUGUGGAUUUAGAACCAGUUGCCGUCGAUCUUUUGUCAUUGUUAUCCAGUGAUUCUUCUGCAGGGCUGUCAGAGCCAGUUGCUUCUUCUGAAUAUAGGACCAGAGUAACGGUACUAAAAGCACCUCAUGGUGAUUUACAGUCCUGUCUGGAAAUGGCUAAGGUUGCUGAUCUACUGGUUUUUGUCGCCUCUGUAACUGCAAGGUCUUUGUGUGAAGAAACUGAUUCUUACUUUAUUGAUUCAUUUGGAAAACAUUGCCUUUCUAUAUUUAAAUCACUUGGUUUACCAAGCACUGCAGUCUUUGUUCGGGAUUUGCCAACCGAGCUAAAACAAAGAAAUGAACUAAAGAAGGUUUGUACUUCUAGUCUUGCGUAUGAAUUUCCCGAGGACUGUAAAUUUUAUCCAGCUGAUACAAAGGAUGAUCUUCACAAGUUCCUCUCACUUUUUAAAGAGCAGAGGCUUAAAACUCCUCAUUGGAGGACUCAACGACCUUACCUCACGACUGACAAGGUCGACAAAAUAAAUGAUGACAGUUCUGACAAAUGCACCCUUGUUCUCACUGGUUACCUUCGUGCUCGUAACCUCUCUGUGAAUCAACUGGUUCAUGUAUCUGGUGCAGGAGAUUUUCAACUGGGCAAAAUUGAGGUUCUUAAGGAUCGCUUUGCUUUGAAUUCAAAGAAAAAACAAGACUUGAUGGAUUCUGAUGAAAACGAGGAGGUCAUUCGUUCUCUAGUUCCAGAUCCUGAAAUUCAAGAAUCUCUAGUUGUCGAGAAUACUCCUGAUCUUAUUGCUGGAGAGCAGACAUGGCCAACAGAGGCUGAAAUGGCACAGGCCGAUGAAGAUCGAAAGCAAAAAAAGUUAAGAAAGAGGAAUCUUCCUGCUGGCACUUCAGAGUACCAGGCUGCAUGGUUUGAUAAUGUCUCUGAUGAAGAGCAGUCAGACUGUGACAAUGAAGAUGAGGAUGGUAUGAUGUUGGAUGAAGAAAAUGGGUUUCCAGGUCAAGAAGGAAAUAAGUAUGUAGAUCUCGAUGGUGAUGGAGCUUCACUAAGAUUUGGAGAUUCUGAUGACGAAACUGACAAUGAUUCUGUGAUGAUGGAAGUUGACAACAUGACUACAGAGAAGAUACAAGAUGAACUUAAGGAACUUAAAGAAGCACAUGCUGCAGAUGAGGAGUAUCCUGACGAAGUUGAUACACCAUUGGAUGUUCCGGCUAGAAAGCGGUUUGCAAAAUAUAGGGGACUCAAGUCCUUCAGGACUUCUUCAUGGGAUCCUAAAGAGUCUCUACCCCAAGAUUAUGCCAAAAUUUUUGAGUUUGAUAAUUUUAAAAGAACACAAAAGCAUGUUCUUGCUAAAGCUUUAGAAUUGGAAGAUGAAAGCAGAGAGGACAAUAUUCCAGUUGGCUCAUAUGCAAGGUUGCAUAUCAAAGAAGUGCCCCGUAAUGUUGUCUCAAAGCUAUGUUCGCUUGCACAGACAACCCCAGUUACAACAUGUGGCCUGUUGAAACACGAGUCAAAAGUAUCUGUCCUUCAUUUCAGCGUGAAGAAGCACGAAACAUAUGAUGCGCCCAUCAAAUCCAAGGAAGAGUUAAUAUUUCAUGUUGGGUUUCGGCAAUUUGUUGGCCGACCUACUUUCUCUAGCGAGUUCAUAAACACAGACAAGAACAAGAUGGAGAGGUUUCUCCAUGCCGGACGCUUUUCAAUUGCUUCAAUUUAUGCUCCAAUUUCAUUUCCUCCUCUUCCUACUAUAGUCCUAAAGACAGUUGGAGAUGGUGCCGCACCAGUAGUGGCUGCUGUUGGCUCACUGAAAACUGUUAAUCCAGAUAGGAUAAUCCUUAAGCGUCUUAUUUUGACAGGCUACCCCCAAAGAGUAUCAAAACGUAAAGCUUCUGUAAGACAUAUGUUCUAUAAUCCAGAGGAUGUUAAAUGGUUCAAGCCUGUAGAGAUAUAUACCAAACGUGGUCUUCGUGGCAGAAUUAAAGAACCAGUUGGUACACACGGAGCAAUGAAAUGUCUUCUCAAUGGAGUGCUCUCACAGAGUGAUACUGUAUGUUUGAAUUUAUUCAAGCGUUCAUACCCGAAGUGGCCAACCCGUUAUUUUCCUUUACUAGAUUAG